CACCUCUAUAAGAUUACCCCUCAACCUCCUGCACUCCAAGGACUAAAUUCCUAGCCUGCCCAACCUCUCCUUAUAGCCCAGGUGUUGCCAGAAUCUUCUCUCUCUGUACUCUUUCCAGUUUAAUGACAUCUUGACCAAAAACUGAACACAGUACAAUACUCCAAAUGCUGCCUUGCCGAUGUCUUGUACAAACGUCAGAACGUAUGAUCCCAACACACUGACCGCGGGAAGCUCGGGAAGGAGAAAAGCAGACGCUGAAUAAAUCGGCGGUACAUGGCACGCAAACUCCGGGCUGGCUGGCUGGGAGGCGGGAGCUGCAGAGAACGUGGAAUGUUCACAACAAUCCCCAGGGAUCUCACGCCGUUUCUUCCACCCUCAUUCCCAGCCUAGUUUCUGCAGGUGGAUGGCGAUUCGGUUGCCGGGUCGGAAGAUGUAAUCCGGAGAGAGCCGAAGGAGUUAUCGGGGAGGAGAAGGAGAAGGAAUCUUGGAGCAAGAGUCAACAGACUGCUGCUAAAUGUGACUUGUGAUCGCGGACAGGCGAGUUACAGACGGGCAUCUUGCUGCGAUGACAGAUUAAAGGGCAAGCGAUCGCAUUUAGAGUUUUGCAGAGUUCUUGCCGAGCAUCGCUGGGAUGUGCAGAGCAAACCAUCACCAAUGGCGUGUGCGGAAUGUUACCACCCACUAGAAGUGAGUGACCAAGACCUAGAACUCAGCGGCCUCGGCUCCCGGCCUCAGCUGGCGGCGAACGGCGCUCCCUGCAAGCGCCAGCUUUCAGCACCAAGGAUAGCGCCGCCUGCUCCGGAUCAAGUGCAGGAGACUUCCUUCACUUCUCACCCUGAGCCGUCUGGUCUGCCCACCAUCCACGGGAGUCUGGGCCGGGCUGAGGUCGUGAAUUCCCAUUGCAACCGGGACAGACCCCAGGAAACGUCACCUCGCUCCGAGGAGGAGCCUGAACCCGAGGCGAAUGGCCAGUCGGUUGACUAUGGGUUCAUGGUGGCGCUGGUAUUUCUAGUGGCCGGCAUCUCCUUGGUCGUUGUAGCCUAUGCCAUCCCGAGAGAGUCCAGGGUGGAUCCGGACACGGUGACGGCCCGGGAGAUGGAGAGGCUGGAGUUACACUACGCUCUCCUGGGCUCGCAUCUGGACAAGUGCAUCAUCGCCGGCCUGGGUCUGCUGACUUUGGGAGGCAUGCUGCUCUCCUUGUUGCUCAUGGUCUCCAUCUGCAAGGGUGACCUAUACGCCAGGAGGAACUUCAUGGUGACUGGCAGGGCCAGGAAGACCUACGGCUCCAUCAAUCUGAGAAUGAAGCCGUUGGACGGAGAAGGGCAUCAGUCCCUGGUGGAGUCGGAGGUGGUACAGAUAUGUGAGAAUCUCGGCCAGACUGGCUCUUGAGGGAAUACUGCCGCUCCCUCAACUCUUCGCCCAAUUCCUCCAACCGCGAGAGUUCCCUUAUGAAAAGAGUAUUUAAAUGCAUGUAUUUAUUAUACAUUUUCUUUUGGUGAGGAAAUGCCACAGGACAUACUCGGAACCGACCCUGUAAACCUCGUGGCAACUCAGCUGGACCAUAGACGCCAUCUCAAUCCCAAGGAUUCAAACUUUGGUCAGGGGGAGAUUGGGGUUAAAUUCCUGUUACCGCCAUAAAAUUUAAGGAGGACGGCAGAUGGGGAGGGAGUGGAAGUCGGAUAGGUCGCCACCCUUUAAAUUUGAGUCAUUAUGUGCAGUUGUCAAUAGGUCUGCUGUCUAAAUAAUGUGGUACAUUGAUUGCCACAUAUUGCAUCAUCUUUUGGGUCCCACACAUAUUCACCGAAUUGUUAGCGCACAAGAGGCAGUAAGAUUGAGCCAACAGUGUCUAAAGACAGUUACCAGGAAUAUUUGGUCCUACACUAGUUUGAACCCACACAUAUUGAUCUCCAGAUCCUUGGAGCACAUGCAGAUCACACUUCGCACAUUCAAUUCCAGGUAAAUAAGUUAAUGUUCAUAUGUUAUAGGAGCAGAAGUAGGCCAUUUGGCCAUUAAUUGUAGUCCCGUCCGUCAUUCAAUCAUGGCUGAUCUAUCUUUCUUUCUCAAACCCAUUCUCCUGCCUUCGCCCCAUAACACUUAUAUUAAUCCUUACUAAACAAGAAUCUGAAGAAGGGUUUCGGCCCGAAACGUUGCCUAUUUCCUUCGCUCCAUAGAUGCUGCUGCACCCGCUGAGUUUCUCCAGCUUUUCUGUGUAACCCAAGAAUCUAUCAAUCUCCGCCUUAAAAAUAUCAAUUGACUUGGCCUCCACAGCUAUCUGUGGCAAUGUAUUCCACAGAUUCACGGCACUCUGACUAAAGAAAUUCCCCCACAUCUCCUUUCUGAACACAAAUGUUUCUGUAGCUCCUUUGCUGACCUUAGGAUGUCUUGGAACAUUUAAAUGCUGAUUAUUUAACUUUUAAAUAUGGGUAUCUAAUAAUGGAUUUGAGUUGUACUGUAACAUAACCCAGAACUUCACUGAACUCUAGAGACUAUUAUAGCACAUUGGCAACUUGCACACCAAGUAUGCUCCCACAAAUGACAAUGUUAUAAUAAUUACUCCUUUCUAAGGGAUAAGCAUUGUCCAGCUCACCAGAAAUCACUCCCUUGCUGUUCUCGAGACUGAGAUAAAAAUGAGCCUCAACUUAGCCAUAAAGGGCACCUCAAACAUUUCGACAGUCCGUCAGUUCCCCACUGCAUCCCUAUGGUUUGUGCUCAACUUUCUGGAGUGGGUCAUAACUUGCCCAUGUACUAGAGUGCUACCACUGACCAACAAUGUCUUCAAGCUACAUCCAAACUUGAUCAUAUUAGCUGCCUUUUUGAGGCAGAACUUCCCAUAGUUCCCUUCAAUACCUGCAAUAAGACAUAGGAGCAGAAUUAGGCCAUUCAGCCCAUCGAGUGCGUUCUACUACUUAAUCAUGAUUAAUCUAUUAUUCCCUCAACCCCAUUCUCCUGCCAUCUCCCCAUAAACUUUGACACUUUUACUAAUCAAAAACCUAUCAAUCUCCACUUUAAAAAUACCCAAGUGACUUAGCCUCCACAUACGUCUGUGCCAAUGAAUUCUAUUAGAUUCACCACUCUUUGGCUAAAGAAAUUCCUCCUCGUCUCCAUUGUAAAGAUGUGGCCCUUUAUUUUGAGGCUGUGCCCUCUGGUUCUAGACUCUCCCACUAUUGGAACCAUCCUCUCCACAUCCAUCAUCUCCAAGCCUUACACUAUUUGACCCACAGUGGGCAGCCACUGCCUCACAGCGCUAGAGUUCGUAAGUUUAUGAGUCAUAGGAGCAGAAGUGGGCCAUUCAGCCCAUCGAGUCCACACUACCAAUCAAUUGUGGCUGAUCUAUUUUUCCUUCUCAAGCCCAUUCUCCUGCCUUUUCCUCGUAACCUUUGAUGCCCUUACUAAUGAAGAACCUAUCAAUCUCUGCUUUAAAAAUACCUAAUGAAUGGGCAGUGAAUUCCACAGAUUCCCCGCCCUCUGGCUAAAUAAAUUAGCUGCAGAAUAAAUAGCACACCCAGUCAUCCCUUCCCGAGGCUUCAGCACAGUGUUAUUGGUGGCCCAAAUGCGAAUAUGGUAGAGUGCAUUAUGUUACAUUGCAGCACAAAUCCAUUAUCUGAAACCUAUAUUUAAAAGCUAAAUAAUCUGCAUUCUAACCCCAGCUCAGCAGAUUUUUUUAAUGUGGACUAGUACAACAGCUUUUACGUAGUAUGUUACAUAUAACUCUUACAGUACAACAGUAUUAGAUAUCAUUUUACAGUAUUAUUAAGGACAGCCUUUCCAACAGCAAUGUGAUUACAAAUAAACUCCAGUACUAUAAUAGAGGUGGAUUUCUCCAGGAGUUUACUUGUUAGCCCUGCAUUACUGGCAGAAGAGUCACAGAAACCGAAGGAAGAUUGCAUUAAUGAUGCUAACGGUGUAUUUCUGGGAUCAUGGUGGUCCCCUGCCAAAGUUGCAGCGAAGAGCGGGAGAACUUCCAAGGAAAUUCAUUUCUACUUAGUCAUUCCGAUCAGGUUUGAUUCCCAGUCUCUGUUGCGAGAGUGAAAAUUCCAAUAGAGCGUUGGAUAAGUUUUCAUGGCAGUUUCAGCAUUUUAUUGUCCCUACUUGCCCUUGAGGAAGCUCACAGUGAAAUGCCUCCUUAUACAGCCAGAGGUUUGCAGGAGGAAGGUGCUCCCGUGAUGCUACAAGGUCGGAAGAAUUUUGAAAAGCAAUAAAAAAGGAACAAUGAUGGUCAUUUGAUACAUCUUUGUAUACCUCCCUGGAAAAUCCUUGCAGUCCACAAACCAUCAAAUGAAAAAUCCAUAGUCAAAAAUCAAACAGUACAGGACAAGAACCGGCCCUUUGGCCCAUAAUGUAUGGGCCGAACAUGAUGCCAAGACAAUCACUGAUCUACCUACACAAAACCCAUAUCCCUCUAUUCCCUGCAUAUCCAUGUGUCCAUGCAAAGUCUUUGAAAUGCCACUAAGAUAUCUGCUUCAACCACGGCAGUGCGUUCCAGGCAACCACCAUCUUCUAUGUAAAAAACAUGCCUUGCACAUCUCCUUAGAUUUUGCCCCUCCCAACUUAUGUCCUCUAGUAUUUGAUUUUUCCAUCCUGGGAGAAAGAUUCUAACAGUCUACCCUAUCUAUGUCCCUCAAAAUUUUACAUAUUUCUAUCAGGUCUCCCCGCAUCCCCCGGCAUUCCUGGGAAAAUUACCCAAGUCUGUCCAACUUUCCCCCUGUAGCUAAUACUCCCUAAUCCAUGCAUCAUUCUGGUAAACCUCCUUCGGAACCUCUUCAAUGUCUCCACACCAUUCUUGUAGUGGGGCGACCAAAACUGCAUGAAAUACUCCAAAUGUGGCCCAACUGAAGUCCUACAAAGCUGCAUCAUGACAUUGACCUUUUAAUUAACUUCCUGACCUAAGAAUGUAAGUAUACCAUUGAUAGACACAAAGUGCUGGAUAAACUCAGCGGGCCAGGCAGCAUCUCUGGAGAGAAGGAAUGGGUAAGGAUUUGGGUUGAGACCCUUCCUAUAAAGACACGGAUGGAUAUGGAGGCAGAUAAGAUUGGUCUUGGCAUCAUGUUUGGCACAGACAUUAUUGGCGAAGAGGCCUGUUCUUGUGCUGUCGUGUUCUGUGCUCUAUGUUGCACUAACUAAAAACUGCAAAGUCCUUACAGCCCUCUAAUCAUCAACCGGAAAAUUCAUAUCCCAUGAACCAUUCACUGGAAUGUUCAAAUCAAGUUGCUCUGACACCUUGUGUCUCUUGUUUGUAAACCAGCAUCUGUAGUUCCAUAUGUCGAACUGGAAAUACAUCAAUUAAUUAAACAAGCCUAAAUAUUUUGUCUCUGUCAUUAAACAUGGAAUUCACUUCAUGUAUUAAUGAAGCAGCUUGUGUGGAGUUUGCUAGUUAUAACUGAUCACUUUGCUUGCAUUAUGGUGCUUUAUUUACCUAUGCUCUACUUUUUACAAGGCCAUAUUUCAGGCAUCUCCAGGCUUAGAAGACAGACAUGAGGAACACACUUUUUUGCUUCUUCAAUGUCGGGUGCCUGGCCUUAAAGGUUAUGCUGCAAAUGGGUUGUUUGUUCUUGGGUAAGGGAGGAACAUCCGAUUACUACCCCCAUGGCCUAAAAAGACAGUGAUGUUCUCAAGCCAACAUUCAUUGCCGGCACAGUGGUGCAGCAGGUAGAGCCACUGCCUCACAGCACCAGUGAACUGGGUUUGAUCCUGACCUCAGGGUGCUGGCAGUGCGUGGAGUUUGUGACACUGUGUGUUUCCUCUAGGUGCUCCAGUUUCCUCCUGCAUCCCAAAUACGUGCAGGUUUGUAGGUUAAUUGGCCGUCUGUAAAUUGUCCCUAGUGUGUAGGGAGUGGAUGAGAAAGUGGGAAAACAUAGAACUCGAGAGAGUGGGUGAUCAAUGGUCAGCAUGGACUGAGUGGGCCGAAGGUCCUGUUUCCAUGCUGUAUCUUUCAAUCAAUUGUCUCUGACUGAAGAUGUAGCCCCUGUACCCAACUGCUGGGACAUAUGUUUUGAAAAUAUUUCAAAAGAAGCCCUGUGCACAUAUUAGUUUUAAUAUGUUCAUUAAUUUUUGGGUCAGGAUAUAUUGUCUCAAAAUUAUGCAAUGAGUCUGAGGCCCUCUUGGUGUUAUAAGUCUUUCACUGUAUACUUGACAAUACAUUGACAUUGUACCAAAUCAUAUUGCUGUAUUCUACAAUCCAUUACAUUUAUAUUAUACAAAACUGACUGUUAGCAGGUAGAAAACAGAGUUUUUUAAAACUUUUUUAAUGGUGCAAUAUUUCAAAUGUGUAAAUUAAUAUCUCAAGCACAUCUUGCUGACUGGGAAUGUGUUGUUUAACCGUAAGAGACAGUAAAGAUUUUGAUAAAACAUUACAACCUCCGAUCUGCGGCUCACUAUGAAGCUUGGGAAAUUAAAAGGAUGUUUUAAAAUGUAUUCAUAUGUUUGUGGCAUUUCUCAGUGUAAUCUCUUUUUAAUCAUUUUUUAAAAUCUUUAAAUAAACACUGUUCUGUUAUGCCCACAAGGAUCAGACAUAAUAAAAAUAUGAAUGAGAGUACUUUGAAGCAACUUCCUUUUCUUUCUCUUGCAUAGCACAUGGAAAAGGUCAGUUCCAUUUAGAUACAUAGAAACAUAGACAAUAGGUGCAGGAGUAGGCCAUUCGGCCCUUCGAGCCAGUAACACCAUUCAAUGUGAUCAUAGCUGAUCAUCCACAACCAGUACCCCAUUCCUGCCUUCUCCCCAUACCCCUUGAUUCUGCUAACCCUAAGAGCUCUAUCUAACUCUGUUUUUAAUGCAUCCGGUGAAUCGGCCUCUACUGCCUUCUUAGGCAGAGAAAUCCACAAAUUCACAACUCUCUGUGAGAAAAAGUUUUUCCUCAUCUUAGUUCUAAAUGGCCUACCCCUUAUUCUUAAACUGUGGCCCCUGGUUCUCGACUCCCCCAAACACUGGGAACUUGAUUCCUGCAUCUAGAGUGUCCAAACCCUUAAGAAUUUUAUAUGUUUCUAUCAGAUCUCCUCUCAUCCUUCUAAACUCAACUGAAUACACCCAUUUGCUCCAUUCUUUCAUCAUAUGACAGUCCCGCCAUCCUUGUGAAUUAACCUUGUGAACUCCCUCAAUAGCAAGAAUGUCCCUCCUCAAAUUAGAAGACCAAAACUGCACACAAUACUCCAGGUGCGGUUACUUUCUGGAUGGACAUUUCUCCCAAAUGUUGGCUUUAUUCAUGACCAUGUAAUAUGUGUGGGUCUUUCUUUGUUUGUUUGUUUGUUUGUUUGUUUGUUUGUUUGUUUGUUUAUUUUUUGUUUGUUUAGAGAUACAGCAUGGAACCAGGCCCUUCAGCCGACCGAGUCCACGCGAACCAUCGGUCACACUAGUUCUGUUAUCCCACUUUCUCAUCCACUCCCCACACACAUGGGGCAAUUUACAGUGAGAUAAUUAGCCUACUCUGUGGGAGUAACCAUGGACUCUGCGGGCCUGUAUCUUUCAAUCAAUUCAACCAAUCUUCAUCAUUUUGAAGAUAGAUAUAUAGGUUGCCCUUCUCUUUCUUGGAACUUAGAACAUACAACAUCGAACAGUACAGCAUAGGAACGGGCCAUUAGGGUUACGAUGUCUGUGCUGAACAUGAAGCCGGGACCUACUCCUAUCUGCCUGCAUGUAAACCAUGUCUCCCUACUUCCCGCAUAUCCAUGUGGCUAUCAUAAAAUCUCUUAUUUUGAAAAAAAUAUUAGUUUAAACAGGCUUUCCGGACAGUUGUGAUAGCAGUGCAGGGAUUAUCUGUGCAUAUCAAGUGUCUUCAUAUCCUUUCAAGGCAAGUUGUGGCAAUUCAGAAGGGCUCCCAGCAUCUGGUAUGAGACAGCAUGUCGAUUACCAAAGGGCUGCAACAACCUGCUGCAUUGUACUCUUAAAUUGAUUGAGGAUGAGGUGGCAAAGUUCAAUGACACAUUAACAUGAAGUGUUAUGAACAGAGUUGCAGUGAAAAGCUUUGUCUUGCAUUAUAUCCAAACAGGUCAGAUAUACUAUACAUUCAUAUAUUCAAGUCAAACUCAUAGUCAUAGAUUCAUAGGGACGGCACGGUGGCGCAGCGGUAGAGUUGCUGCCUUACAGCGCUUACAGCACCAGAGCCCCUGGCUCGAUCCCGACACACGGUUACUGUCUGUACGGAGUUUGUACGUUCUUCCCGUGACCGCGUGGGUUUUCUCCGAAAUCUUCGGUUUCCUCUAACACUCCAAAGACAUAUUGGAUUAUAGGUUAAAGAAGGGUUUCAGCCCGAAACGUUGCCUAUUUCCUUCGCUCCAUAGAUGCUGCUGCACCCGCUGAGUUUCUCCAGCUUUUUUGUGUAACCUUGGAUUAUAGGUUAAUUGGCUUGGUAUAAAUGUAAAAUUCUCCCUAGUGUGUGUAGGAUAGUGUUAGUAUGCGGGGAUCACUGGCCGGCGUGGACUCGGUGGGCUGGAGGGUCUGUAUCCGCGCUGUAUCUCUGAAACUGAUACUGAAGUCAUAGAAUCAUACAGCAUGCAAAUAGACCCUUUGGCCUACCUUGCCCAUGCUAACCAUCUACACUAGUCCCAUUUGUCCAUAUUUGGUCCAUAUCCCUCUAUGGACCAAAGGGAUACCAGAGCUUAUGAAAGGACCGUUCAGAAGCCUGAUUAGAGGGGAAGAAGCUGUUCCUGAGUGGUGGCGCUUGCUUUCAAGCCUCUGUAUCUUCUGCUGGAUGGGAGCUGGGAGAAAAUGGAAUGUCCAGCAUGAGACAAGUCUUUGAAAUUGAUGAUAUUAAAACUGAACCAAGACCAGAAUACAAACUUUAUUCACCUUUCCCCUAACUGGGAUGAAAGGCUCAUGUGUCAAAAUAUUAAUGAAAUUACCAACUAAUUGGAACGGCUUCUUAACUUUUACACAAUUAGUAUGUGAGUGAGACAUCUAUUACUGAACUGCAGUGCCAAGUCUGAGAUGAAUAUCACAGCCAGCUAUACACCACCCAGCUGUAAGAAAAUCUAAUUAUAUAUAGUGGGAUUGGUUGGAUUAUUUUAACAGCCAUUCAACACAUGUUAUCAGAAUGGCUUGAAAGUAAAUUAGAUGAAGAUAAUAGUAAUUGCAGAAUGUUGAGCCAAGCAAAUCCUUGGAAGACACAAGGAAUUGCAGAUACUGCUUUACAAAAAUGACACAAAGUGCGACAGGAACUCAGCAACUCACGUAGCAUCUCAGGGGACCAUGGGUAGGCGCCCUUUAAUGUCGCGAUCCUUCUUCAGAUGGAUUGUAUUGGGGGGGGGGGAGAAAGCUAGAAGAGAGGUAAGCCAGGUAAGAGAGGUAGCUACAAAGCCAGGUAAGUGAUACAGGUGAGGAGGCUUUUGAUAGGCAGAUGGUUGGACAGAGGCCAGAGACCUAGAGUGCUGUUUGUGUGGAGUUUGCGCAUUCUCCCUGUGACCGUGUGGUUUUCCUCCCGUUGCUCCCACAUUCCAAAGACGUGUGGGUUUGUAGGAUAAUUGGCACUCAGGAAAUUACCUCUCGUGUGUAGAGAGUGGAUGUGUAAAUGCGAUAACACAGAACUAGUGAGAACGGGUGAUCGAUGGUCGGCACGGACUUGGUGGGUCAAAGGGCCUGUUUCCAUACUACAUCUUUCAAUCAAUCAAUUGUUUGUUGAUCCAGUAUUCUGAACAUAAUUUUGGACCAUUCAAAUUAAAGUGAGGGCUCUUAGUUGGAAAUUUUAUGUGGCUAUAAAUGAGGGAAUGUGGGAUUCUGAUGCCUCUUUAGUAUUAAAAAAGGUGUUUAAUAAAUCCAGAGCAAAACACAAAGUGCUGGAGGAACUCAGUGGGUUAGGCAUCAUCCAUGGAUCGAAGUGGACAG